AACAAAGCAAAGUUGACAUUCAGCAUCGUCUGGUAUUUGUUCGGCCGGAGACUUCCCUUCUUCAAGCAAUAGAAGUACUGGUACAGCAUCGAGUGCAUCGACUGCCAAUCAUUGAUACUAUUUCUGGGAACCCUUUGCAUAUUUUGACUCACAAACGCAUUCUGAAAUACCUCCAUCUUAACGUAAGCUUUUGA